AUGAAGAGCCUCUUCAGCAGAUUCAUAGAACAGAACCCUCCAGGAGGCUUUCCGUCCACUCAGGUAGCAUACCAGUCCAGCCAAGGCACCGCUACCGCUGCCCGAGCCGAAGACCAGACGCACCAGGACUCACAGGAAAUAGGCGGGCCCGACUUCCCCGGGUCACCAAGCGACGCCCGCAAGCUGCACGUCCAAUACGACGAUUACUGGAACCUGCACACCACCAUCCAUGUCACGACCGCAAACAACACCAACCCCAACGUCCCCACCGAACUGUACACAAUCGACGCCCGCCACCGCAAACCUCAAAUGCGAAUCCGGUCGCCUGCACAAAACAUUGAGGUCGCGACCGUCGUAUUCCACAUGCUCAAAACGCGCAUCGACGUGACGCUGCGUGGUAGGCAGUUCUCGCUCGAGUCUGCCCGGUUGAACAUGCAGUACUCGUACACAUCCAGGGCGAUGGGUGGGGAGAAAUUGACCUGGCGACCGCGCAAGAAGCUCGACCCGCUGAACAUGGUGCUGUUGAAUGGGCGGGGAGUGGCGAUCGCCAGGUUCAAGCCCGAGUAUUGGGGGUCGAAGCGCGGUGGGCUUCUGGAGUUGUUGCCUGAGUGCUGGACGACUGACGACACGAUGGAAGAGGUGCUGGUCGUGGCGCUCGCGGUCGUGCACUGGAGGGAGACUCAGAGAAUUACUUCGGCGAACUAG